AAGACUGUUACCACUCAACGAAGACCGUUUAGGGUUUCAGUUUCAGUUGCUUUACCAAAUGGAGAAAACGGGUUGUUGCGACCCGUCUCCUAACCCAUCGGAUCUCUUCACCGGACGAUGCUUCAACGCCAUCCCCUGCCUCUCCGAUUCCGUUAAAAGAUCUACGUGGUGUUUGAGACUAGGUUUGGUGACCCUGCAUAUGAUCCUCCUUGGUUUUAUGUUUGUGUUUGUUGAAGAGUUUAGACAGAACUCCAAAGAACACCCUUGGUACACACUGAUCUAUAUGUUGUUGGUUGUUGCUACUUUAGUUCAGUAUUACUUUACCUCUGGAUCUUCUCCAGGGUACGUGAUUGAUGCGAUGAGUGAUUUUGCUGAGACAGAAGCCUCGUUGAGGACAUCAGAAUUCUCAAAUGCAGUUGUGACAGUAGACGGAAACCAGUCGGGGCAAAAUCUUUUAGGGAAUAACCUAACGAAUUGGACAAAUCUCGUGAUGGACAUGUACCCACCUGGAACAUCUGUUAGGGAUUACACGUGCCCGUACUGUAAUGUUGUGCAGCCUCCAAGGGCAAAGCAUUGCCAUGAUUGUAAAAAAUGUGUUCUUCAGUUUGAUCAUCAUUGUGUUUGGCUAGGAACAUGCAUCGGUCAAGGCAACCACUGUCGAUUUUGGUGGUACAUUCUUGAGCAAACUGCCGUAUGUAUAUGGAGUGGCUUUUUGUAUGUCGAAAACCUACCGGCUCAUAGUGAAAGGGCAAUGUGGGUGGAUGUGAUCAUGAUCAUUGUGAUAUCUAUAUUGUUAGUUGCAUUGAUGUUUCUUCUUCUCCUUCUGGUAUUCCAUAGCUAUCUAGUUGUGACAAAUCAAACCACCUAUGAGAUUCUGAGACGACGGAGAAUACCAUAUAUGAGAGGGAUCCCGGGAAGUGUACAUCCAUUUAGUAAAGGAGCCCGGAGAAAUUUGUACAACUUUUGCUUUGCGAGAACAAGUGUCUACGCAAUGGAACCGCUACCACGUGCACUUGAGCUAGAGCAGAUGUCGAAACCAUAUACAUGUUCUGAUGUAGUAUCGUGUAGAUGUUGCUGAAGUUCAUUAAUGUAUGUAUAUACAUACCUAAUUCCUAAUUUUCCAUACAGGAGAAGGUUGUGCUGAUGUUAGUGUCCAACCAUAUUAUUGUUCUUUUGUUACAUUGUUUUGACCUUUGUGUUUCAUUGAAGAAAAGUUAAAUCUAA